AUGACUAUUAUGGAAACGCAGUGCGAGAAGGUGUCUUCUUCCUUCUUUCCGGACGAUCCUAGACUCAACAAGUUCCGAGAAACAAGUGAACAGAAUGUGUAUACUGGAGACUUCCAAUUAGAUGACAGUGCAGAAGGCGUACCACUAGGCAAAUUAAGUGCCUUUGCUCCCGGGUCGGUUGUGGUUCAGAAGGGACGGAUGAAGCAGUCACAUGACGGGAGCAAGUCUCCGUUUCUCAGACGUAUUGAAAACCAGAUACAAGGGGCGAGUUAUUCCUGUGAACCCUCAACAGUCAUCAACACCACCACGCUGGCUGAUCGCAUGAGUCCUAUUGAGGAAGUUUCAGGCGACGAUGAUCGGAUGGUAAAUCCUUUUGUCUCCAGUAGCAAUAAUAAUAAUAAAGGCAUAGCGUAUGCAAAGAUACGACCGGAGAAGAGAAGUAAAAAUACGGCUGCAGCGGUGACCACUGCAACCGGCACUGUACAAAUGCAGCUACAAGCAUCAUCGUUAACGAAUCAGAUAACGUCAACGCCUUCAAACCCUCGAAGGAAGCAACGAGAUCCUUCGGUCAAAAUCUCUCUUACCCCGGCCCAACGGUUCCAGAAACAACCCGGUACAAGACUGAACAAUGCGUUAGAGAAUUUUAGAUUCUGUGAAAUGGUCGGUAGGGGGGCGUACGCUCAAGUAUAUAAAGGGAUUAAUCUCAAGACCAAUCAAGUGGUUGCCAUUAAGCAAAUAUGGCUUCAAAGAGAUCAAAAUGUGGCAGCUUUAAUGGGCGAAAUCGAUCUAUUAAAAGUGUUGCGACACCCUAACAUCGUCAAGUAUCAUGGAUUUGUAAAGACAAGUACUUCAUUAAAUAUUCUAUUAGAAUUCUGUGGAGGUGGGUCUUUAAGACAACUAUAUCUUUCAUUGGGCCACGGAUUACUGGAGUUCGAUAUUAUAGGAUACAUUGGCCCGGUAUUGGAAGGGCUAAGCUAUUUACAUGAACAAGGAGUUGUUCAUCGAGACGUUAAGGCUGCUAACGUGCUUUUAACAGAGGACGGGGAGGUGAAAUUGGCAGACUUUGGAGUGGCAGCAAAGAUCACCAACCAACAUGCCACGGUUAUAGGGACACCAAAUUGGAUGGCCCCAGAGACAGUUCUUGGUGGAGAAGGUCUCUGUACUGCUUCUGAUAUUUGGUCAUUAGGAGCAACCAUUAUUGAAUUAUUUACAACUCAUCCACCAUAUCAUGAGUUGAAUCAAAUGGCUGUAUUACAUGCUAUAGGAGUUGAUGAACGACCACCAUUACCCAAGAACAUAUCGACUAUUCUUAAGGAUUUCCUUCUUGAAUGUUUCCAGAAGCAAGCAAGCUUGAGAAUAAGCGCAAAAUUAUUAUUGAAACAUAAAUGGUUAACGUCUGCGAAUAAGGAAGCGAGUAAAGGAAAUUCUAUGAAACAACAGCAAGAACCUUUCUUGAAUGUUGAAGAAAAUGAUGCCAAUUGGCUCAUCAACUCUGUGAGAGAGGAAGAAGAAAAGCAACAGCAGCAGCAUUUGCCUUUGCCCAAAGCUUUACCUCAACGAGAAAUCGAAUUAACAAUAAGCCAAGAAGUUUCGAAAUCGGCUGCUGCUUAUACGGCAUUGAACAAGCGAGAUCUUCUUCAUAAAUUUGCAGAAGAUGAAGAUGAAAUCAAAGGGUUUGAAGCAGAUUUCAUCGGUGAUGAAGUUAAUCCACUUUCCAAGAGUUCAAAUUCAAAUAAAGAAAUAUUAUCAAACAUGCUACCAGAACAAGACCCUUUUCUUGAAGUUGAUAUUGAGAACUUCGAUACCAAUGAAAUAGAAAUCCAAAGCAAAAUGGAAUAUUUAAUAGGUAAAUUGGCCCAGAAAGUCGAUCAAUGCCAUUCAGGUUCAGAGAAUCUUAUGUUAUCACUUGUGAAAAUAACUGGAAGAAUCCUUCACAUUGCAAAGAAGUACCCAAUUCUGCAUGAGGUCUUCAUUAGAGACCAUGGGGUAUUAACAAUACUUGAAUUGCUUGAUUUUGCUUCCGAAUACCCCAAACAAAAUAGGCUUUGGUAUCAGACAUUGGCGAUUUUAAACAAGGUAUUUGAAAGGAACGUCAUACAAUUUGAAAACUUUUGUUUAUUGGGUGGGAUCCCAGCAGUAACAUAUUUUAGAAAAUCAACGUUUGAGUUUCCUGUCAGGCUACAGGUUAUCAAGUUUAUCACGUACUUCCACAACUCCACCAAGGCUUUAAGUAUGUUUGUAUCUUCUGGAGGAUUGAAAGUCUUGUCAGUAUUGGUUGAAGAAGACUUUGACAGUGCACCCGAGUUCCCCAUUACGUCCAUUGAAUGCAUACAUCGUGUGCUUUCCGAUGACUUCUCAAGAUCAAAGUCAGACAUGUGUCGGAUGUUAUCUAAAUUUGGAGUGAUCUUCUGGUUCGUUGUCCUUUUAAACAGAUUAUCCAAGAUAAGACCCACGGAUCACUAUAAAUCCAUUUCUGCAGACAGAAUUCAAUGCUGUAUCGAUAGCAUUAUGACCAUCAUCAAAUAUUUCAGUGAUUCAGAGGCAAGAGUAAGAUCUAAUAUUGCCAGCGUUGACUUGUUUAAGCUAUUGAUCAAAGUAUACCCCAGUUUGAUCUUGAAACACCAAUUGGUGAUUCUCAAGUUCUUCAAGUCAAUGGCCGAAGUGUCCAAUGUCCUCCAAAGCUUAUAUUCGGCAGAUAUACUUGAAUUUCUACUGGGCAUAAUCAAAGAAUAUGAUCCUCCCACUAAGCAAAACUAUAAAGCAGUGUUCAACAUUGUCAGUCCCCUUCUUUACAGUUGUUGCAACUUAAACCAAUCAAGAGAAAAGGAUAUAGUGAAAUUAGGACUAGUUCCUUAUCUCCGGAAACUAUCAAAAAUUAAUCUACCAUUCAGGCAAUUUAUCUUGCCCAUUAUAUGUGAAUUGGCUUACAUUGAAGACACUCAAGUCCAAAUUAUACUUGAACGAAACGACAUCAUUACCGUCUACUUCAAUUUACUAUUAGAUCCCUUCUGGCAAUCUACAGCAUUAGACUCAAUCAUCGUCUACUACCAAAGAAAUUCGGCCGAGAUCCAAUCCUCUAAAGCUAUAGACUGUUUGGCUAGUGGGUUUAUGCUUCCUAAAGUAUCAAACUUAGAGUCGGCUUUGGACAGCUACUUGUAUCUUGUUUCCGAUAACCAGAUCCUCCGUACCGCACUCUUCAAAGAUACAGUGAUCCAGAAUAUCUUCUUCAGGUUAAAGAUUAAUGCCAAUAAUCCAGUUAUCCAAUUAAACCUCUUGAAGAUCCUACGAGAACUAGUUCUCCAUGCCGAACAGACUAGUGAAUCGUUGUCACUUUCAGUGGCCCAUGUUAGCUCGUUGAAAGGUUUACAAAACUCCAAUGCUUCUGUAUUAGUGGAAGGACUUGCCCAUGAGAUUCUCCAAUUAAUGGAUCAAUGA